AUGGGAAAUCAGCCAUCAGUGCCGAUUGAGAUACCUACACAUAACCGACGAUCUAGGCAACAUGGUAACAGAGGUGGUAGAACUACUAAUAGAGGACGAAACCAAUCCAGCCGACAGACAACACAAACCCCACGAAGAAGAGCUGUUAUGGACACACAUCUAACAAAUAUUGAGUCAUAUCUUGCAACUAUGCAAACUCCAAUCCAGAUGCUCAAUGCACGUAGCCAAGCGAAUGAAGAUUAUGAGCGUGAAUCUUGGUUGCAACUAAAUGAAUUACAAGGCAUAGAAAAAUUUACAGAUUUUUGGUGGGCAUCAUCGGAGAUUUUAAGAGACCCGUUCGAGCAAAAGAGGUUUGUGCUUUUGCUAAAAAAUAACGAAGAGAGAAUUCGUUUUCUCGAAGGGGUGACAGGUUAUGAUCGAAGUGGCACUUUUCGGGGUAGUCCGUGGAAACGUCAACUUAGUGGUUCUAGCGGGCCAAGUAGUAGAGGAUCAUUUGGUAGUGGAUCUGGUUCUCCUGGCGUAGGAGGGUUUUCACAAUUAGUAAUGCUGGAAAUUUCAACAUUCGGAGGAACUUCAAAUUUUGGUGAUGGUACUUCAAACUUGGGAGGGUUUUCACAAUUUGUAAGUUCCGGUUCUCCGAACCAAUUCAGAAGAAGACAAGGAUUUCAAGUUCCAAACUCUAACCCACAGUUUGAUGAGUUCAAAUCCAAGAGUUGCUCUGAUGAAGGUUUUGCAUAUAGACCUGCGUCUGCAUCCGAGUUACUUGGAUCGUUUCAAUUUGUCUGA